AAAUAACAACUGAGGAAUCUAAUGAAAGCGAAGAUCGCAAAUGAAUUAAAAAUGGAAUAGCAUUUGUAGUUCAAAUUCCAGGGUCAGUUUUUAAACAAUGGGUGGGUAAAUGGGCACUGGGCAUCAUUUGAAGAAAGUAUUGAUAUUGAUCUGCAAGGCGGAGAAAAGAAAGGUGAGAGAGAAAGACAUACUUCGUUACCGCACUGAACGGGACCUAUUCUCUUACUAGGCGGCGAAGCUGAAUAGGUGAAUAGGAAAGGGGCCGAGCUGACUGAUGAGUGAGAGCCUUUUUCUAAAGGCUAAACUCUCAUGUGAAGCUAAUACUUGGAGAAACAAUUGUAGCGGUUGCUAUUAUUUGAAUACUCAACCUGAAGUGUCGUUUCUUGAAUCAGAACUAAAAAUCGCCCCCCAUUUCCGACGGAAAAACUCCACUCUGCUAGUGUUAGUGCGUGACUAAAUUUUGGUCAAAUGCUGCAGUGCCUCUCUCUCAAAUCACCACCGGCGGCAAGGUCAACGUCCAUACCAAACUCACCUCCUACAAUCAUCGAUCUCAACCACGAUUGUGAAGCUGGAAAUUCAACUGAUGGAACGCCAGUAUCAUGCACUUUACAAUCUCCAGUUGUUAAUCUCACCCGUGAAUACGCUCUCUACGUUCAAUCCAAUUCGUUCAAUGAAAUGCGCUCAAGAAUUCAUCAUCAAGAAAUCGAAAACGGAGAACAGAUUGAGUCCAGUCUCAACAUUGAUGUUGAAGAUGUUCGUCAAUUUGUUUUAGCUCAAGUUCUUCAUCCAAAUCGCCAAUGCGUAGAGGAUGCUCUCCGUCACGCCAAACCCAACACUCUCACUCGCCUUGUCUCUAACUAUUUUGAUCACAGUGAAAGCACUACUGAUCUCUGCCUCCUCCUCCAUAGAAGUGUCUUUCGUGCGCGUGAUAUUUAUAGUCCGAUUCGUAAUCUUCUUGAAGUCCUUCCUGUUGAAAUGGACUCACUUACGCAAUCACAAUGUGAUUAUGCUUAUGAAAUAUUUAUGCAAUUUGAUCGUUGUGAUAACCCUUUUCCUUGUCCGUUUUCUCAUGAAUUUGAGGGCAUUCAUCGCAGUUUUUCUGAACUAAGCCAACAGCUAGAUCACAGACUUCGCAAGUCUCGCUCUAAAGUACAUCUUGUUCGUAGAGCUACUCUUGCUUCUGCCCUUUGUUUCAUUGGUUCUGCUGUGGCUAUUACUUUGACUGCUUUGGCAAUUACUGGCCAUGCCCUUGUUGCUAUUGUGGCUUGCCCUUUUUGCGCUGUAACAAGUCUUCCGAGCAAUCUUACUAAGAAAGAGCUUGCUCAUGUUAAACAACUUGAUGCUGCAGCGAGGGGUACUUAUGUAUUAAAUAAUGAGCUUGAUACUGUAGACCGUCUUGUUGCUCUUCUGUAUAAUUCCAUUGAAAAUGACAAGCAUCUUAUUCGGUUGGGAUUGGGUACAGGUAGCGACAAGUAUUUUAUUUCAGAGGUGUUGAAACACCUUAGGAAAAACCAUCCCACUGUCAUUGAUCAGCUCAAGAAUCUUGAAAAACAUAUAUGCCUGUAUUUUAUUGCUGUCAAUAGGGCGAGAAAUCUGCUUUUACAAGAGAUACAUGUUUAUCAGACCUCUAAUUCCUAAGCAAUUGAUGUAACCCUUUAGAUUAGUCAAUGUGUUAAAAAACUAUAAACCCAUUUUUAAGAUGUACACCCUGACUAUAACCUUUGCUCCUUUUUUUAACAGUGAGAACUGGGGGGCAGCAAUAGCACUUUGUACACCUAAAAGUAUUCAAUUUCAAAAUUUGUGAUUGAUGAAUUUUGGCUUAACCUUUUUUCUAAUUCCUGCAAUAUGGUGUUGGAUAAAAGCUUCCUUGUUCAAGCAGAUUACAUUACUUCCCAAUUGAAUCAAUUGGGGUCUUUCAGGUGCUCCUUUGAUGUAUCAGGGAUAUACAGUGAUGAGUUUAGCAUGGAGAUCUUCCCUUUAUUCCAAUGAAAGCUACUGGAGCUGAUUACUUAAGCGUUUUGCAUCUCAAACUCAAUUUCUGUUUGUGGACUUCUCUAUAAGUGCUGGAUUAACAGAAAUUAAUGCCAGAAUCAUCAAUCAGAAAGUGAAGGAAUAGCUUCUUGCUUCUUAACUUCUUUCUAAAGAAAUGAGAUUGAUGACAACCAUGGUGGAGAACUCAAACUGCCAACUUUCUGAGAGCGAGUAGAUUGGUGCUUCUACCCAUAGGUAAGUCAUUAAUAUGAACCAGAUUUAAUUAUUCUUCCUGAAUUUAUUAACUUCCGAACCUGUCAAGAAUAAUUGUUUUCCUUCUUGUGGUUCUAUUGCAUUGCUUACAAAUUCUUAAUACGCCAUGCAUUCUUUGACACUUGCCUUGAGUACUAGAAAUCUGUGUGGUUUAUUGGGUUUUCAAGUGGGCCAAGCCUCUUGGUCCAUUAUUCACCAUUAAACCCAAGCGAGAACAAAGCUAUAUAAGAGCCAGCAGAUCAAAGAUAAUUUCACCAGGAAAAGAAAGAGUAGACAAACAACAUCAUUUGGGACCAAUUAUUUGGUUGGUCACAUGUGGUUUUCUGGUCUAAUGUGCUGUCUUAAAUUAUGUCAUACUUGACCAAUUAUAGGAAAUAGACAGUGUUGAGUUUGCCAUGACCAAUUAUGGGAAGAACUAGACAGUUUCAACUAUCUACUGGUGUUGUUGUUUUUUUCUCAAUCAUUUGCUCUAAGAGUUGUAAAUUUCACAUACAAUCUUAACAUGAUUCUAUCUUUCCCUAUCUAAGAGCUAAUAACUUGUGAAUUAGUCUAGCAUUAGUGAUUAAGAAACAACAUAUGCCCUGAGAUAUGAGUACUAGUAGACAUUCACCUAUCAACUGAAUUAGUUUUAGAAUUUUAUUCUAUAAAUUAAAUCGUACAAAACAAUGGUAAAGAGUCAAUUGUAAUGCUCCAAGGUUACCAACUUUGUGUAUAAAUGUAGCAAACAGUAGCCUCUUUCAAAGAAAUAAUUUGUUGUGCCAACUUUGGGCAAAUAAGUCGAGGUAUAUUAUACUGUACUUUAGACCAUAUUAUAAGAGAAUAAUUCUUUGUUUGAACUAGGGAUGGAAAUACAUGUGAUUUUAAAAGGAAAAAUUUAAUAAUCGCAUUAAGCCAGUCCUUCACUACUACUGAACUAGAGCUUGUGAUCAGAUCUCAACCAUAUAUAUAUAUAUAUAUAUAUAUAUAUAUAUCUGUUCAUGCCAACUGGUUGGCCGUGAUCAGAUGUUCCCGAGGAUAGGCUACGUGCUGCAUUAAUGGGGUCAGAUCACAGAUCCAAGACAAGAUCCACAAAAUCAAUGGCGUAGAUUAUACUUAACAGGGUAAGAAAUUGGUGCAAUUGGUCCUCAUCCCGCAAGCAUCUUGUAACAGUAUGGCUUUUUUUUUUUUUUUUCCCUUUUUAUUUUAAGAAUUGCGAGUUGUGAAUGUUGACAGAAAGUUUUCGUCGUCCAUAAUGGAAAAUGAUACACUAAGAAGAUGCACAUUAAUCGUCUUAUUAAAUGAUUGAGAGACACAGUA